GCUUUAAAACUAGUUAUGUCUUCUCUACAAUCAACUACUAAACUAAAUUAUUCUCAUUAUACUUACAUAAAUUUUACCCAGUUGAUAUUAGAAAAUAAGAUGCUUAAAAAUGAAAUUAAAUCACUAAAAGUUCAACUUACAGUAAUUCAAAAAGAAUUAGAAACUUAUAAAAGUCCUAGAAUAAGUUCUUUAUACUCAGUUUUCAAAAAGAUGCUUUUAUUUGCAAAACUUUUUAUUAACAAUAAAAGUUGGCAAAAGUUAAAAGAGACAAAUAAAGAAACAAAAAGAAAAGUUGAAGAG